UUCAGGUAAGAUUUUAACUUGCUUUUCGCUUUAUUGUAGGUGCUGUUCUCCAGUAUCAUGAGUGUUGUAUUCCAAAGAACCCCAUUUCAUGGAGCAAUUGCACACAUCAUUAAUGACUGUCAAUAUGAUGUCCUUGAAAUGUUCUGCUGUUUUUUGCAGACAAUAUGUCACAACAACAACAACAACAACAAAGACUCUUACUGAAGUAGAAGUGGUGGUUGAGUUCAAUGACCAUGCUGCACCUGGAGAAACCCCACAGGCUAGUGAUGUGGCAAAAACAUUAGGAAAUGCUGUGUCCAAUCUCAACAACACCUUCAAUCUCACUGUUGAUUCCACUACCAUCCAAGCAGUUGUAUUGAAUGAAACAAAUCCAACAGCUGUGGUCCCCAACCUGACUACUACGGAAGCCACUCAACAAACACCCAUCAGUGCUACACCAGCUCCAACAACAGAGACUACAGCAGCUACUUCGACUGCUUCAGGAACCACAACAUUUGUUCUUGUCUCAGCUGUCUUGAAUACACCAUAUGAACCACAACUCAAUGACAGCAGCAGUGUUGAGUUCAAGACUCUUGAAACAGAAGUUGUACAAAUUGUGAGUACCAUGUCAAAAUGGUUACGUGGCUUCAUAAAUGCCCAAGUGGAUGAAUUCAACGUGACAAUCUUGAUUAUUGUAUUUAGAUAAUGAAACAUUUGUAAUAUGUUUGCACUUUUCUAUCUGCUUUCCUCCCUCAGUGGGCCAUCGUCUACAGUGCCAGAUAUUAUUAUCUUUUUGUCCGUGUCUAUGUCGUAGAAUUCAGGUAAGGUUUUAACUUAUUUUUCGCUUUAUUGUA